GGUCUCGCUGAUAAAAGGCUGCCAGUGGGUCGCAGGAUGUCGUAUCAGCUUCCCAUGGCCUUCCUGACCCAGCUCCGCAUUUCUGACUUCCUUAUACUCGGCACCGGUGUUUGGGUCGCCACGAAGAUUGUCAAGCAACUCACCAGAACAAGAGGGACCCGCUUGAAUGGCCCGCCACGAGACAGUUGGCUGCUAGGCGUUGGCCGGCGUCUCUCGUCUGCUGUAGAGCCCGCUGAAGUCUUUGAAGAGUGGGCGGCGGAAUAUGGCUCCGUUUUCGAGCAACCGAUGGCCCUGGGCGGGAGUAAACUCGUCUUGACCGACCCACGCGCCGUUAACCACUUCUAUGCCUCUGAAAGAUCGGUAUACAUCAAGACACAAAUGACCCGCAAUGUCAUUGGCAACUUAAUCGGACAUGGCUUAUUGUACGCCGAGGGAGAAGACCACAAACGGCAGCGCAAAGCGCUUACACCAGCAUUCAGCAAUGCUGCUAUCCGCCGAUUAACCGAAGUAUUCUUCGAUUCGGCGUAUAAGCUCAAGAGCCAUUGGGACACACAGCUUGAAGGCGCGCCGGAUGGUGUAGUUAUGGAUGUAGAAGCCUGGAUGAACCGCGUCGCACUUGAUAGUAUCGGCAUUGCUGGUUUUUCGCAUGAAUUCCGCUCCUUGGAUGGCGAAGCUUCCACCGUCGCUGACGCAUUUGAUGCCAUGGCAUUCAACGGGAACCGUGCUAGCAUCAUCAACCUCGCUGUUUUCUUACUGGGGACCCAGAUUCCCUUCCUCGCGCACCUGCCGACCCCGCGGAAUCGCCUCACUCGAAAACUCAAGAAAACACUCGGAACGAUCGCGGAAGGACUCUUGGAGAAGACCCGGAAGGAUAAGGCGAAUCAGCAGGAGGCAAUGGACAAGUCUGUCAUUGGGUUGCUUUUGAAGGCGGAACAGGAAGACGCUGAGCUUCAUAUGGAUAAGGAGGAAAUCACUGCUCAAAUGAAUGUCCUCCUUUUGGCAGGAUACGAGACAACAUCCAUUAGCAUGACUUGGGCUCUUAUCGAGCUCUGUCGUCGUCCCGACAUACAAGCCAAGCUCCGAGACGAACUAACUAGCUUCGGACCACAAGACGCUACCUGGGACCAACUUACCUCGUCUUUGCCUUACCUCGAUGCCGUCGUUCUCGAGAUCCUCCGCCUUCAUCCCGCCGUGCCAGAAACGACUCGACAGGCGCAAACCGACGAUGUAAUUCCCCUGAGCGAGCCAAUCACCGCCAAAUCUGGCGAGCUGGUCACCCAGAUUGCAGUUCCCAAAGACACUGUCGUUACCGUGUCCAUUCGAUGCAUGAACCGGUCGACGGCAUUCUGGGGCCCCGAUGCAGCUGAGUUCAGGCCCGAGCGCUGGCUCACGUUUGACGUAGACGACCUGCGGGCCAAGGCGAUCCAGGGACAUCGCCACCUCAUUACCUUUCUGGAUGGCCCGCGCCAAUGCUUGGGUAAACAGUUUGCGUUGGCGGAAUUCAAGGCUGUCCUUUCGGUGUUGAUCAAGAACUAUUCGUUCGAGCUCCCGGGCGGUCCCAAGACGGACAUUACGACUGUCCUGGGACUAAUUCGCCGCCCGAAGGUUGUGGGUGAGGAAGGGCCAGUGGUUCCUUUGAGAAUUCGCAGGGCCGAAUGA